AUGCGGCUUCUCCAUUUUGACGCCCUGAACAGACUGAUUCUGACAGACUUCCGCGGCAAGUCGAUCCCGCCCUAUGCUAUCCUAUCGCACCGAUGGAGCGACUCUGAGACCCUCAUUGAAGACAUAUCGAAUGGUAACUACACAAAAAGAGAAGAAGGCCAUGUAAAGCUACAGUUCUGUGCCGAACAGGCCGCUCGGGACGGGCUGCUGUACUUCUGGAUCGACACAUGCUGCAUCGACAGAUGGGACAACAACGAGCGCUCAAGAGCGAUCAACUCCAUGUUCCAGUGGUACCAGAACGCGGCCCGAUGCUACGUCUUCAUGUCAGACGUGUCAACGUCAGCUGCGACAGAGACGGCCCCGUGCAGCGACUGGGAGGCGUCAUUCCGUGCAAGUGCAUGGUUCAGUCGAGGCUGGACGCUCCAAGAGCUGAUCGCGCCAGUAUCGGUCGAGUUCUUCUCUUGUAAAGGACAUCGCAUAGGCGACAAAGCAUCACUCGAUCGACUUCUGCACGACAUCACCGGCCUACCGCUCGCGGCACUGCGCAACUGUUGUUUGGACCAGUUCAGCACAUCUGAACGAAGGCGGUGGGCUGAGAAUCGCACAACGACUGAAGAAGAAGACAUCGUGUACUGCCUGCUUGGAGUGGUUGGCAUCUCGAUGCCGAUUACGUACGGCGAAGGACAGGAGAAUGCACAAAGGAGACUGCAGGCCGAGAUAGAGGCAGCUGGCAGCGCACCGUCGAUCAUACCAUUCUCACGAAACGAGUCUUUUGUGGGUCGCGAGCCACAGCUCGCUGAAGUAGAAGCGGCGCUCUUCAGCAACGACCAGACUACUACCACGCUAGCGAUAGUCGGGCCAGGAGGAACAGGCAAGUCGCAGCUCGCACUCGAGGUGGCACACAGAGCGAAACUGAACAACAAGAGCUGCUCGGUUUUCUGGAUGGACGCGAGCGACACAGACAGCCUCUACCGGUCGUAUGCAAGCGUUGCGCAGAAGCUCGGUAUUCCUGGCUGUGACGAUGACCAGGCAGACAUCAAGCAGAUUGUUAGACGCUGCGUGGCAGAACUAAGUACGCAGCAGUGCUUACUGAUCUUUGACAACGCUGAUGGCAUCACUGUACGGCCCAGUGGCUCAUUGUUUACAAGCGAAGCUGCAGCCGUAGCCGACUUUCUGCCGCAAUCCAAGCUGUGUUCUGUCAUCUUCACAACAACAACAGAGAGCGAUACAGCGGAGGCGCUUGCUCCAAAGAAUGUCAUAGCGCUGCUUGAGCUGACGCCAGACACAGCGCUGAGGAUGCUACAAAACCGCUUAACAGCGCCGCUUUCGAGCGCUGGACAGCAGGACGCUAUGCACCUGCUUAGAGAGUUAUCGUUUCUGCCUCUGGCAAUCGCGCAAGCGGCAGCGUGCAUAAACGCUAGUAGUGUGACGGUGCAGCAGUACCGAGCACAGCUAGCCGAGCACAAAGAAGCAGCUGUCGAGUACAGCAAUGACUUGUCUAAGGGUAAGCGGCAGGAAUCUAGUCUGAGAAACACUGUAGCUGCUACACUAUUUCUCUCUAUGAGUCAGGUCCGCCAUAGCAGUGAGGUCGCUGCAGACUACCUCUUGCUUGCUGCAUGCGUGGAUCGAAAGGACAUCCCGCUCGAUCUUCUAGAGACAGCUUCGCCACAGGCCCGCGAAGAUGCCAUCAAGGUACUUGACAGGUAUGCGCUUGUUACCAGGCGACCUGCUGAGUCAGCACUUGAUGUUCAUCAACUCGUCCAUUAUGCGCUGCGAAAGAGGCUGCAGGCGAAGGGACAGCUCCACGAAUGGAUCCAACGCACAAUCACACAACUACUCCAGGUGUUUCCAGACAACAAUCCCAAUAACAGAAGCAAGUGGAGACGACUGCUUCCACACGCACAGUAUGUCCUGUCGCAUAGUCAAAGGGACAACGACGAGAGAUUGGACCUUACAUGGAAGUGUGCUAUGGCUCUGUACAGUGAUGGUCAAUAUAAGGCAGCUGGAGAGCUGGAGGUGCAAGUGAUGAAGACAACAAAGAGAGUGCUUGGCGAUGAGCAUCCUGACACGCUGACCAGCAUGGCCAACCUGGCAUCAACGUACAGGAACCAAGGGCAAUGGAGCGAGGCUGAGAAGCUGGAGGUGCAAGUGAUGGAGACAAGGAAGAGAGUGCUUGGCGAUAAGCAUCCUAACACGCUGACCAGCAUGGCCAACCUGGCAGCAACGUACAGGAACCAAGGGCGAUGGAACGAGGCUAAGAAGCUAGAGGUGCAAGUGAUGGAGACAACAAAGAGAGUGCUUGGCAAUGAGCAUCCUGACACGCUGAGCAGCAUGGCCAACCUGGCAGCGACGUACUGGAACCAAGGGCGAUGGAACGAGGCUGAGAAGCUGGAGGUGCAAGUAAUGGAGACAACAAACAGAGUGCUUGGCGAUGAGCAUCCUAACACGCUAACCAGCAUGGCCAACCUGGCAUCAACGUACAGGAACCAAGGGCGAUGGAACGAGGCUGAGAAGCUAGAGGUGCAAGUGAUAGAGACAACAAAGAGAGUGCUUGGCAAUGAGCAUCCUGACACGCUGAGCAGCAUGGGCAACCUGGCAGCGACCAUGGCCAACCUGGCAUCAACAUAUAGGAACCAAGGGCGAUGGAACGAGGCUAAGACGCUGGAGGUGCAAGUGAUGGAGACAACAAAGAGAGUGCUUGGCGAUGAGCAUCCUGACACGCUGACUAGCAUGGCCAACCUUGCCUACACACUGUGGUCGCAGUCUUGUCAUAUGGAGGCUGUUGCCUUGAUAAAAUUAUGCUUCCACUUGCGCGAGCAAGUCCUUGGCGGACAACAUCCAGAUACGCAAUCGUCACUGAAGACGCUGGAUGGCUGGCGAGCUUACUUACGCGAAGGGCCUUCAUAA